UAAAUGAAUAUAUGUUAAGUAAUUCACCUUUAAAUACUCUUCAAAUAUUAUAUAAACAAAUUCAAGAAAAUUUUGAAAUAUUUCUUAAUUAUAUACAUUGCAUGCCAAUACAUAAAAGUACAAUUUAUCUUGGAAAUUUAGUUUCAAAUACACUUGAAAGAUUUUAUUUAAUACUUGGUAGUCUCGCUCGACUUAUUAUGGAUAUCGAAGAAUUUGAAAUUAAAUAA